AUGAUUCCAUCGAAAUGGUUAUUUGUUCCAGAAUUACCGCUGAAUGCAAAUGGUAAAAUCGACCGAAAUGCAUUAGGAACAAUCGCAAUGCAGGCUGCAGAGUUGUCCAACGAGCACCAGACGACGAGAAUUUUGUCGUCGCUUGAAACGAAAUUACAAGAUAUUUUUGUUCGAGCAUUUCGUUUGAAGUCGCUACCGAAUGUAGAAAACACAUUUGGUCAGUUAGGGGGCACAUCAUUAGGCGCAAUGCAUGUGCUUAGUCUUAUUCGUCGGGAAGUGUAUGAGAAAAUGGAUAUUGGUCUUCUAUUUGCAAACCCCUCUGUGCGAGAAUUAGCCACAGUUUUAGAAUCAGUUCUUUCCAAUGUAGAGCCUGAUCAAGAGAAGCAAGAAGAGCAUGUUGACUUUUCUAUUCGACCUCAAUCGUCAUGGUGUAUCGAAACAAUUGGCAUUUUUGUACUCACAUGGCAAUGGCUGUGGCCAAUUUUACUGGCAGCCAAAUUAGAUUUUAUUUUUCUUGAAGUACUAUUUAUCCCAUUGAUGCAUUUACUGCAAUAUCCCAUGUUCAUGAAACUGUUAGGUGGACCUUUUCGACAAGGUCAAGACACACUAUAUUCAUGGCGUUACUAUUGUUUGUGGUUUCUAAGACGACAAUGGUCACUCAAUACAUAUUGGCUUGGUCAUCUGUUAGGAACUCCAUUUUACAAUAUUUAUCUUCGCCUAUGUGGAGCGUGCAUUGGCAACAGAACACACAUUUAUUCCAGCCAAAUAGAUGCACCUUGGCUUCUCGAGAUUGGAGAUGACACUUAUAUUGGUGUCGAAGUCAUCCUUUCUUCUCUCACAUAUCAUGAUCGUACGUACGCUUUACAUGAGAUUCGUAUUGGAUCUCACUGUUCAAUAGGAGCUCGAUGUGUUCUUCAUGAUCGAGUUGAUAUGCGUGAUCACGUUCUUAGCGAACCAUUGACAGCUGUCACAGGUCGAAUUUUAGGAAUGCACGAAGGAGAAUCAUCUCUAUGCGCAUUAAGUCGUGAUCAGUCUUUAUUUCAGCUUGUUGCUAUCCUUGCAAUGGCUAGUAUACAUGCAUUCAUUAUUAAAUUAAGUUGGUCUGCUGCAUAUUGGCUACCGCUGUGCUUGAGUUUGCCAAUCUGUUGGUUUAUAUGGUCCGUUCUUGGUGCAAGCGUAGGCCUUCUUAUCCUUCGAUUUAUUGUUGGCCAUAUUCAAGAUAACUUCUCCUAUUCACUCAACUCCUGGCAGUUUCUUUGCCAGUUCUGGUUGCGCCAUUUAAUUACCAGUUCAUUUGCUCCUUGUCUGUCAACUGCUUUUGACGAAUUCAAUUCUUUUACUCCGUUCAUUCUUCGGUGGCUUGGUGCUUCUAUAGAACCCAAUGAUAUCGAGAUCGCACAUUUUGUUCCACUUUUGACGGUGCCACCAAAUCUACUGGUAAUCGAACAUGGUGUGACGAUCGCAUCUGACGUUUGCUUUAUUCCAUAUGAUGUCACAACAAAUGGUCAAUGCAUCGUUGCUGGUCAAAUUCAAGUUGGUCGUCAGUCAUUUCUUGGUAAUAAUUGUGUCAUUCGAUCAGGCGUUCGCCUUUCUGCAGAUGUUGUUGUGGGUUGUUUGACACGGGUUGAUUUAAUGACCAGUAAUGCAAAGGAAGGUAAGUGA